UCCAAUCGAAAUAGCAACAAUGCCAGUAUCCCCUGAAACAAUCCGAGAGGAACGUGCCGUGUCGGGCAAGCUAAAGCUCCUUCGUGCUGCCAAUGUUCUAUCGUUCUUGUUUGCUUUUGUCGCCAAUGUUAUUGCUCUUACCUUUGAUCCUUCUUCUACUGAUAUCCACAAAAAACAUUUGACAUACUUUUCUCCUUCUUUGAUCUUUUAUGAAGCGGCUUGUGACUCAAGGAAUAGGUGGCUUAUUUAUUUUAAGCAAUAUACUAGUGAUCGGAUGAUGCUAGAAAAGUUCGUUAUUAGCGAGUUUUUCAUAAUUCUCAACCUAUUGGUUAUAUCCACGAUCCAUCAUAAUCUCGUUGUCCAAUUUCCACCUUUUUCGUUUCCUUCUUCGCAAGUCUCCAAAGUUGCUUAUUUCGUUCACACACCAUUCUCUAUGUAUUUAGGGAUUACAUGGUUAGACGUUUUUCAUAAUGGAUUUAUGGCGCUUACUAUUGAAAAAGAAACGGAAAAAGUAUUAGCUAUUAUAUCUGCUUGGUUCCUUGCAAUCAUUGGUUUCACUUGGUGUAUUACUGGCAUUUUUAGUGGUGGAAGAAGAGAUGGAGUCUUCAGCGCAACCAUUGCCUG